AAGGAGAUGUGUUUGGAAUAAGAAGAAAGGGGGAGUCUGAUAAUGUCAACGGCGCAACUGGUAAAACACGUCUUUCAUGCUGCAUUCAACCAUGCCCAGUUUUGAGUUUCCUUUCGAAAGCGGCCAAUUCCAUGAAGACUUCCACAACCCCCUCCAUUGCACUCCUAACUUAGUCAAAAUCCCUGUGAAUAUCUCCCCCACCGACUCCUUCGCUCCAAGCUGUUUUGCAACGCCACUCACUACCCUUCUCCUUCGCUCCCGCAUUACGCUAUAAGCCUAUAACAACUACCACCCGCUUCUUCUUCUUUCAAACCUCUUCUCUCUAUCUCUCUGCCUAUUAUCCACCUUCAAUGGCCACUGUAACAACAACACAGGCACAGGUGAAUGCGCAAUCUCUCCUCUCCAUCAGACCCAAACCCACGCGAGUUUGCUUCUCCGUCGCUGCCUACGCCAAGAACGUAAUAAAGCAUCUCGCCGCUUGCAACGUUCCAAUCCAGGAAGGUCUCUCCGAUUCAGAAUUCUCCACCAUCGAAGCCUCUCUCGGCUUUACCUUCCCUCCCGAUCUCCGAUCCAUUCUCCAGGAAGGCCUUCCGGUGGGCCCUGGCUUCCCCAACUGGCGAUCGUCGUCGCACCAACAGCUUGAGAUCCUCACCAGUCUUCCAAUAUUGGAGGUGUGUAAGGCGGUUUCCAUGGGGAAGUUUUGGUGUAAAUCUUGGGGCGAUGAGCCUGUUGAUUCCGACGAAGCUUUAGCUUUGGCCCGGCGGUUCUUGAAGAAAGCUCCGGUUCUUGUUCCGAUAUAUCGCCACUGUUACAUUCCUUCCAACCCGAAUUUGGCGGGAAAUCCGGUGUUCUUCGUCCACGGUGGACAUGUUCGGAUGUGGAGCUUGGACAUGGCUGAAUUCUUCCAGAAAGGGGAGUUCUUCCGGCUGGAGACGGAGGUGAGCUCGCCGGCGUGGGCGGCGACGACGGCGAGGAGAAUUGAGUUCUGGACGGAGGCGGUGGAGAGGGCGCGUGGGGGGACGCGGGGGUGGUGGAGCGGGGAACUGGGUUGUUGCAUGGAGGAACUGUUCUGGAGGUUGAGAGAUGGAGGGUGGAGAGAGGAGGAGGUGAGGGAGAUGAUGAUGAUGGACGGCCGCGAUCAAAACGACAAAAAAACUGCCGUUUCGAAAGACAACAAGGGCGUGGUGUGGCACGUGCAUGUACUGUCCCUCCUGAUGCUACGUGCGGGCUGGAGCACCGAAGAUGUUGUGGACUCUCUCGAUUUUCAAAUCCAGCACACUCCACCGGACGGUGAAUCAUGGCUGGACUUUCAACAUCCACACAGCUGUUCUCAGGGAGGCUGAGUUUUGCUACGAUCACCCGCAUCCUUCUGUUGAGUUGUGAUUUGGCAAUUAGGAGAGGAGAGGAGAGGAAGCAAGGAGUGCGAUUUUGGAAUCAUCAUCCCGUGUAGACCCCACACUCCUGGAAAAAUGAGAGGGUGAGGACCAGUUUGCCCCGAAUUUCAAGACUAUCUCUUUCUACUUUCUAAAGAAAGGCCCACGGCCGUCUCCGUCUCUCGAUCUAUGUUUCACUCCCACCCCUGAUUUCAUUUUCAUUGUGACAACUGACAUCCGGUCUAUCAGAGACAAAGAGAAAAUCGAAACAGACAAUCGACAUUAUCAGCCAAAAUGAUCAAAUAUGUGAUUGAUUUUGGGUGGGACUCACUGCCAGAAAAGUGUCUGAUACAUAUUCAAUGAUGUAAAUGGAAAUUUUGAUAUGUAUCAAUUCUCUGUACCUAAAUAUUUUUCUAUUGAUUUAUGCAUGUGACACUUUGAGUUAAA